GGCCAAGCAGAAAAGGUUCUUGCCUUUUGUCUGCAUCUCUUUGCUUGCUCCCCACCACUGACUCGAAUCCACCGCUUGCGUCGGUCUGCGCUUUACCUGGAGUUCUCCUGGUUUCGACGCUCACGUCGCUAAAGUGACGCCGUCAUUCAAUAUCCGCCCCCGUCGGUCCUACUGUUUCCCGCUGUGAUGUGCCGAUGGAAAAGAAAGGAGACGCGUGAAGACCGGCCCGCCCGUCGCUGCGUAGAAUAACAGCCGAGCAGCCGGAGGCACUCGGUGCACUCGACCCUCGAAGGCUAAGGGUCUUAUUUUGUAUCGCUCGUCAAUGAUUUGGAAUCAAGGUCUUGGAGUAAAAAGGGCCCAAAAUCAACACACCGACUGUCGCGAGCUGCGAAUGUCGAAGUUUCAACAGUGCAGAAGCAAUACGGUGUCAAGCCGUCGUACCCCGUGUAAAAGGGUUAUCGAGCCUUUUGCUCAUACAAUUGGAUGAACCUCCGCCCCCAAAGGCCUCAAAUCGUCCCUGAACGGAUCACAGAGCACGCCACUUUAUUUCGCAGAUCAUUUGGCAGCACUGGGAAACAAUGGCGAGCACGCGCUGCCUGACGUCUCUUCUUUUUUGGUUUGACUUCUCGUCAUCAUUAGAGUCGACGACGUGGGAGCAGGAGUCGAACCGGCCGAUUGCGCAAAUCGACACCUAUGGACAGGGAGAACAUGCAAACUCCACACGGGAAGGAGCUUCGAACUGUGAGGCGGACACGCCGUCCCACUUGGCUCCAUUGGGAACCUCCGCAGUUGACGUUGAGACGAUUACCUGGCACUAAUUGACCUAAAAGCACCGCAGAAUACGGAGUACGACGCUUGUCUGUCUAUCGCAAAGUCUUCAAAUAGUCGGAUGAAUCUCGCUUGGUGUUUGUCCGUGUUCGCUCCUUGUUGGAUCUCAUCCGCAUGACCACCAACCCAAAGAACAAUCUCAAACUCAACCUCCCAUCAUUCCCACCGUUCCGGCGCGCUUGCCCGUCCGUCUUCGGCAUUGGCUUCCCUUUCAAUCACCUUUGACCUCCUACGAACAGGCCGAGGAGGUCAAAGGUGAAUUCCAAGACAUCUCUUCGAGCUGAUCUCGUUCUCGGAAGUGGAUUGUUGCGUUCGACGACUUCCUGUCCAUAUAGUACGUCAUGCACAUGCCAGAGGGAAUGAAGAUUUGUGCUGUUUCGUUCUCCAGCUUAGCUCAAAGAAACCAAGAGAAACGAAGCACCCCAAAGUUAGCCGCCACCCUUACGAGGACGAGCGCCGCGGAAAACGGUCGGACGGACGGAAACCAGAGUCGCGGGGGGCCUCAAACCUGCCAAGUAGGGCCGCGAUCUCCGAGUCUCGACAGGACGCUCUCGUCUCACUUUAACGCGGAACUGUGGUUGAGCUGUACGGAAAGGCCGCGCUGCACGGCGACCAAUGGCUCUUCUUGCCGUAAGUCCUCUCAAUAAGUAAUAACUGCGACGUCAUCAACGUCAACCCACAGCAAGCCAUCGUCAGGUCCUGAACGAUAAAACUCGUGGCGCAUAUUUUGAGAAUGAAGAGCUUUUCUUCCAUCCGGUUUGCCGGAUCGCAUCUUUGUGAGUGUGAAUGUUUGUCUGUGUCUACAUUUGUUGCCCGUGACCCUCUGGAAAGCGCUUGGAUGGUGAGAAAACAAGGAUCAAAUCCUGCAUCUCAGAUGAUAAAAUGCGUUGUUAGUCAACGACCGGCCGGUGGUCCUUGCUCGCAGGUCGAUAGAUGACUGUAUUUAAAAGGAAAUCAUGACUUCCAUAUUGACACUUCUUUCUCGCCCUUGGAAAGCAGAUUGUCCAUCAAUGGCUGUAGCCUGCCACCUAGUGGUCCAAACUGGGUAUUGGUAGCCAUUGUGUGGGCAUUCCGGCAAACGUGUAUUUUUGUGUGUUGACAAAUGUUUAUUGGUGCAUCUUAGCUGAGACAAAUGAUUGCAUAUUCAGGAAAUCAUGGCGCAAACCGAAAUCAAUCGAAUGGGCUGAUCAACGCAAUCCCAGUAAUGACGGGUCAAUGUGGCUAUUGAUCCUUAAAUAUUGUCUUUUCGCUUACAUCGUAGCAAGACAAUUGAAAUGUUCUCUCUGAGCACUUUCAAUAAAUCCACGUGUUCGGCGUUCAUUAUUGCGAUGAUUAUUAUUUUUUUGGUGAUGAUGGAAAGAUUGGAGCUGGCCACUGAAGUUGAUCCCCCCCGGAAUGUUCGAAUGGAGCGACCGCAAGAUGGCGGCACGCCGCCGGCGGGACGAGCAGCAACAGUUGCGCCCACGAGCUGCCUGACAGGACUCGUUAACAAAUGGCUCCCUGCCAAUUUCAAGUUCCUGCUGUGAAAUUUGAUGUGCAACAACAGCUUUCAAUGUUGCCUCUGCGCAUAUACCAUAUUGCUAAUUCCGAUGACAAUCUGCACUUUUAUUGUGGGGGGGGGGGUCAAGCCAGACAGAAAGCAGAAAGCCAAUGAACUUCCCUCGCGUUGCUUCGGUGGGACUGAAAGUUGAAGAGCGUAUUGCGGCGAGGUUUGUCCCCGUCCCGAGGGAAGUCGCCGGUGUUCGAGGCAUCGUCCAUACGUGAGCGACGUCUCGUUUGGGCCUGUUUUCAAUAGGUUCUCCGCCGCUUUAAUGAGAGGAGGUCUCCGAGGAGCGCACAGACGUGGGACUUUCUAUUUCCUCGUUUAUCACGAUCGGUGGGCUGGCGACGAGUCCUCGGCAGGGAGAGGCUCCGGCUCACCCUUGACCUCGUAAGGAGAACGAGCGCUUUGAGAAACGGGCGAGCGGAUCAUCGAAUGCAUCGUAGUGCGGUCGUAGUGUAGUCAGUCGCAGUUGCUGUUCUCGACAUCCACGGGUGGACUGUGGGGCAAACGUUACCAUGGCCGCAGAAACAAAGUCGGUGAUGUGUCAUCUGCGCCGAAAAUACGCGAAAUAUGAGAAGUAAGCGUGAUAUAUUGAGUGCUCGACGGCCCACAGUCAAGACAAUCAAACUGAUUUCGGAUGAUGCCGCAUGUCGAGAUGACGACCAGGCUUAAAACAUCACCAUCUCCAAGUCCUAAAGUGUCAGUAAGAAAGCUUUGAAGCUGACGCGACAUCAAGCUAACUGGUUCCCAAACGGCCUUCUAGGAAAAAGCAAGGAAAGCACAAAGUCCCCAAUGUCCAGACGACGGCGGAUCGCACAGGAACAUUCUUCGCCUUCACUUUCCUGAGCCUCGAAAGGGUCCGUCGGUCUACGCGGCGCUGACAGACGGCCGUGGCUCAAGAAACGCUCGAGCGGCCGUCAAACUCCAGGCCCGGGGACCAGAUCUGGCCCACCGCAUCGUUUGGUCUGGCCCGCUGUAGCCAAUUAGUAGACUUCAUGUUUCUUGCUAACAUCCGAACCAAAAUGGCAAACUGUCUUCGAUUUGAUUACGUUGCGAUAUCGCGACCGUUUCUUUGUGACCGAACCCUUUUUGUUUCUUUUCGCAAUGAAUCAUUUCCCUGACUUGUGAUUUCAAAAGUAGCGAUCCAUCGAUUUGCUGUGCGGGCUCACGUGCGUGAUCGCUGCAGCAAACGUAUUCACCGUCCGCGUGUUCCGACAUCUUGCGACGAACAGCGCUCUGCGGGAAAGCGGUGGCACCGCCGCUCUCGGAACACGCAAAGUCCACGGGAGAAAUCUCAAGCGCGGAGUCGAACCCCGAUCCGCGGAACUGUGAGGCGGACGCGCUAACCGCUGGGCUGUCAAGCCUGCAGACGCUUAGCGUACUGAGAAGGGUUUGGAAUGCGUUCCCCCGUUUGGCUGCGUGAGUGCUUAGGGUGAAGCGAUCCCAGGUUGAUGCAGUGCAUUUCCCCCCCCGCUGCACGGCGGAGUGUUGUCUUUUUUUCUGCUGCCAGCAGCCAACAGGUGAUGAGCGAUGAUGUCAAAGAGUCGCCGGCUGUCCAAGUGGAGCGAGCGUGUGCACGCGGCGUCUCCUCCCAGCUUGUCUCCACUGCAGUGUUACUGCUUCUCCUCCUCCUCCUCCUCCUCCUCCUCGCCGCUCGCCUCUUGUGCCAACGCUGCCCACCGCAAGAAGAGAAAUGAAAAGUACGUUCCACUUCUGAAGCUUCCAACUUCAAAACAUCAAGAUCGCUCAACAACUGUUGCGAGAGGUUUCUAUCAAGAAACUGCGCACGGACUGAACUCAGACAAAUAACGAAUAUCGUGACGGCGCCAUGUCGCCGCAAACGCGGACUCCAUCUUUCGCCCCUUGCGUAUACGUCUCAGUCCUGCUGCUCCUGCUCCCGGGAGUCACUCACGUGUCCCCGAGCAGCUCCGGCCACGAAGAGCCCGGCGGCCCGCCGGGCAACUGCACCAGCGAAGAUAACUGCUCUGAUGGCGUGGUGCUGCCCAUGUGGAAUCCCCAAAACCCCGUGGUGGGUGAUAAGGUGGCUCGGGCCAUCGUUUACUUUGCGGCGCUUAUAUACAUGUUCCUGGGCAUGUCCAUCAUCGCCGACCGCUUCAUGUCGUCCAUCGAGGUCAUCACCUCUCAGGAGAAAGAGAUCACCAUCAAGAAGCCCAACGGCGAGACAACCACGACAACUGUGCGCAUUUGGAACGAGACCGUCUCCAACUUGACCUUGAUGGCUUUAGGGUCGUCAGCACCAGAAAUCCUUCUGUCCGUCAUCGAGGUGGUGGGCCAUAAUUUUGAAUCCGGAUCUCUGGGGCCGAGCACCAUCGUGGGCAGCGCCGCAUUCAACAUGUUCAUCAUAAUUGCCAUCUGUGUCUACGUCGUGCCGGAGAACGAGACCCGCAAGAUAAAGCACCUGAGAGUGUUCUUUGUCACCGCCGCCUGGAGCAUUUUUGCCUACAUCUGGCUCUACCUCAUCCUGUCCGUGUUCUCGCCCGGCGAGGUGGAAGUUUGGGAGGCGGUCCUCACCUUCCUUUUCUUCCCACUCUGCGUGCUGCAAGCUUGGAUCGCGGACCGCCGCCUGCUCUUCUACAAGUACGUCAAUAAACGCUAUCGUGCUGUCAAGAACCGCGGCAUUAUCAUCGAAUCCGAGGGCGACGCCAUGUUCACCAAAAUGGACUUGGAGAUGGACGGCCAGGGAGUCAACUCGCACUCUCAGCCCAAAGAGGCUUUGGACGGGAUGCUGGAGGGGGUGGAGGAAGGUGGGGGGCUGAGCGCGGAGCAGGACCAGGAGGAGGAAGCUCGAAGGGAGAUGGCUCGCACGCUAAAAGAACUGAAGCAGAGGCAUCCGGAGAAGGAUAUGGAGCAGCUGAUCGAAAUGGCCAACUACCAGGUCUUGGUACAACAACAGAAGAGCCGAGCCUUCUACCGCAUCCAGGCCACGCGGAUGAUGAUCGGCGCCGGAAACAUCCUGAAAAAGCACGCUGCCGACCAAGCGAGGAAGGUGGUGAGCUGUCACGAGGCCAGUGGCCAAGAGGAGGACCCCGACACCAUCUACCUGCAGUUUGAGCCCUCCCACUACCAGUGCUUUGAGAACUGCGGCUCCUUAAAGCUCUCAGUGAGCCGGCACGGAGGAGAAGCCGGCUGCACGGCGAAGGUGGACUACCGCACAGAGGACGGGACAGCCAACGCUGGCUCAGACUACGAGUUUGCUGAGGGCACUUUGGUCUUCAAGCCUGGCGAGACCACAAAAGAGUUCGCCGUCGGUGUGAUUGACGACGACAUUUUCGAAGAAGAUGAGCACUUCUACGUGCGCCUCGGCAACCCCCGCAUCGUGCACCGAGCGGAGGUCUCCGUCCUGGAGCCGCGCUCCAUCUCCUCCGGCGGCAGCACGGCGGGCGUGUCUUCCCGCGUGCCGCCGAAAGCCGCCCUGGGCGGCGCUCACACCGCCACGGUGACCAUCUACGACGACGACCACGCCGGCAUCUUUACCUUCGAGAGCAAGUCGACGAGGGUCAGCGAGAGCGUGGGAAACAUGCAGGUCAAGGUUCAUCGGACGUCCGGAGCGAGGGGCAAGGUGGCGGUGCCUUACCGCACCGUCGAGGGCACCGCCAAGGCUGGAGAGGACUACGAGGAAGCGUCUGGCAAGCUGGAGUUCCAGAACGACGAGACCAUGAAGCUGCUGAACGUGAAGAUCAUCGACGAUGAGGAGUACGAGAAGAACAAGACUUUCACCAUUAUAUUGGAAGAGCCCGUUCUGCUGGAAGUGGGUCAGAGACACGGAGACACCAACGAUAACAAGACACCGAUAGGGCCAGAGGACGUGGCAAAGAUGGGCUGCCCUUGUUUGGGGGAGCAUACGAGCCUGGAGGUGGUCAUUGAGGAAUCGUACGAAUUUAAGAGCACAGUGGACAAGCUGAUUAAAAAGACCAACCUGGCCCUGGUGGUGGGCAGCAGCAGCUGGAGAGAACAGUUUGUUAGUGCGGUCACCGUCAGCGCAGGCGAUGACGAUGAGGAAGAAAGCGGCGAAGAGCGCUUGCCCUCCUGCUUCGACUACAUAAUGCAUUUCCUGACGGUGUUCUGGAAAGUGCUCUUUGCUUUCGUCCCACCCACUGAGUACUGGAACGGCUGGGCCUGCUUCAUCGUGUCCAUCUCGCUAAUCGGCGUCCUGACAGCCGUGACCGGCGACCUGGCCUCUCAUUUCGGGUGCACCGUCGGCCUGAAGGACUCGGUCACCGCCGUGGUCUUCGUGGCCCUGGGCACGUCUGUCCCAGACACGUUCGCCAGUAAGGUGGCCGCCAUCCAGGACCAAUACGCCGACGCGUCCAUCGGGAACGUGACGGGCAGCAACGCGGUCAACGUGUUCCUGGGCAUCGGGGUGGCGUGGACCAUCGCCUCUGUUUACUGGAAGACCAGCGGCAAGAGUUUCAAGGUGCAGCCGGGCUCGCUGGCCUUCUCCGUCACGCUGUUCACCGUCAUGGCGCUGGUGUGCGUGCUGGCGCUGCUCUACCGCCGCCGUCCCGGCGUCUCGGGCGGAGAGCUCGGCGGCCCGCGGACAGCCAAGCUGCUCACCUUGUUCCUCUUCCUCUCCCUGUGGUUCAUCUACAUCCUGCUGUCCUCCCUGGAGGCCUACUGCCACGUGCCUGGCUUCUAAGACGGCGAGGAAGGCCCGAACGUGGCCCUUCUCCUUGUUUUUACACCUCCGAGAAUGUGAUUGCUCCUUUUGGGUUUGGUUUGUUUACAGCCAUAGUGUCUGUCAACAUCACGCUGCCAACAGAAACGGUAAUCCCUUUUGACGCAUUCAUCGGAGAUAUCCUAACAUGAUUGCUUCCUGUCAUCUUUAAGUUUCUCGACACAUUUUUAUGAGAUGAAUUUCGAUCCAAAUUGAAACCGGUUGACAACUUAAACGGAAAUGGAACGAGAUCACUGAAGGGAAAGUCAUUGUUAAGCAUACGUGUGCAUUGCUAUGUAUGACUUGAGCUUGCCAUUAAAUAUUCAUUGUAUAUCAUGUAACAAAUGAACGUUGUGUGUGAAAGGAAAAAAGACUUUCCUGGAAGUACAGUAUGUAAUGUUUGAACAAUGACGUGCUCCUGUAACGUGAAUCUCGGCGGUAAUCUUUCAAUGCUCUUCAUCGGUGUCGUUGUUUGGUAUUUGUCAGAGCUUUCAAAAAAAAAAGACAAAUACAACAAAAGGUCCCCGGGGCAGAGUGCCUGCUUUAAAUUGCGUUUACAAUUUACAAAUGAGCGUGUUUACAUUUGCGUGUGUGUGUGCGCGCGCGCGAGAACAAAUUGGCGAAAGGCAUCUUAUCCGCCGAGUUCCACAGAUGUUCAGUGACGCGUCCUAUUUCUCAUCACACUGACGCUGUGAUCAUUUGCCAACAUCACAAACAAAAGCACAGUUAAAAGCAAAAGUCAACUUUUGCAAUGCGUACAAGCACAAUCGCUGAACUGGUUUGUUGUUGGAGAUGGCGUGCCAGAACGAAAGAGAAACGGCACGUACCUGAGUGUUCUUUUCUUCUUUUAAUUUGCAGAAUCAUUUCAGUAGAAGUGUUCAAUUUCAAUAUACUGACGUGCAUGUUUAAUGGAUACAAAAUUGAAAUAAAUGUUGGUCACUUCUGAUCGUG